UCGAUCACAUAGUUAGGAACAUCAUCUACACCUGCUCCAAGCCUCCAAGGGCCUUUCACGAUCACGAAACAAAACUCUCCGUGUCGGGCUCCCAGGGCAGCUUUGUGUUCGUAAGACCUUUUAUGUUCUCACGCAUUGUGCGCAGCAGUCUUCCACACUAUAGAUUCACCCGCAGUUUCUCCAUGACUUCCACCGCGCCAACCUUCAAACCAUUUACGCUUGCUCUGAUCCAACUCGGUCACAUUGGAGCAGAUAAAUCCUCUAAUCUGAAGCAUGCCCGCGAGAUGAUUCUCAAGGCUGCCAAGGGGGAUGAACCUCGUGCUCCGAAGCCUGAUCUCAUAGUCUUACCUGAGUGCUUCAACUCCCCAUACGGUCAUGUCCACUUUCCGCAAUAUGCAGAAACAAUUGGGUACACUUCUGGACAAAAAUACGAUAUCAAUAAGUCGGAGAGUGAAUCUGUCAAGGCGCUUUCGGCCACCGCAAAAGAAGCAGGCGUAUGGCUUUUGGGAGGUACGAUUCCAGAGAGGGACACCAGCGAUGGAAACAUCUACAACGCUGCGACCGUCUAUUCUCCUGCUGGAGACCUUGUAGCAGUUCACCGAAAGGUUCAUCUAUUUGACAUUGAUAUUCCGGGGAAGAUCACAUUCAAGGAAAGUGAAACCCUCACGGGAGGCCACUCUAUCAACUUUUUCGAUACAGAGUUCGCUCGUAUUGGACUUGGCAUAUGCUAUGACGUCCGCUUCCCGGAGCUAGCCAUGAUCAAUGCUCGACAAGGCUGCCAGGUCUUGAUCUAUCCAAGCGCAUUCAACACGACUACUGGACCUCUUCAUUGGGAACUUCUCCAACGUGCACGGGCUGUCGAUAAUCAAGUCUUUUUUUCGAUGUGCAGUCCCGCCCGCGACCUCACCGCAGGAUACCAUGCGUGGGGACAUUCAAUGGUGGUUGAUCCAAUGGGAAAGAUUCUAAUGGAAGCCGGACAUGAUGAAGAUAUCAUUUUCGCCCAAAUCGAUCCGACCACGUUCAAAGAAGCUCGAGCCGGGAUUCCUGUAACAACUCAACGACGCUUUGAUGUGUACCCAGAUGUAAGCAAGGGGUUCAUGAAUUGAAAAAGAACAAUUGUCUGUCGGUCCCGUGUAUAGUCAAGGAUAUGCCGUGUCGAAAGUAUGUUACUUAUGACGAUAUUCACUCUGAAUGGGUCUCAAAGACUCGGGACGUUUGCAUUUGCAAAUACACUCAGUAUUGGCUGAGCAUCGAUAUCUGCGAAGAUAUCGUCAGUUCCAGUAACAUAUUACAUUCAAAAUGACACUACUGUAACGCGGAACAGACAUUCUAGACGUUGAAUAGUCCUGAGUCACAUUCAACUGACAGUGCGUCAUAAAGAUGAAUAUGCAUG